AAACCAAAACACCUUUCACUUCCCAUUAACUCUCUCUCUCUCUCUCUCUCUCUCUCUCUCUCUCUCUCUCUCCUCUGAAAACCCUAACCUCACUUUUCCGAUGCCGGUUACCGACGGCGACCGGAGCUUGACGGAGCUCAUCUCCUCUCUCCUCGUCACUAUCCCCAACCUCCUCAGCUUCAAGUCCAAAUGGUCCUCGAUCCGCGCCAAGCUCACCGAUCUCGACACCCACCUCACCGACAUCUCCGACUUCUCCUCCUCCUCCGCCAACCAGCUCUCCCUAGACCUCCUCGCCUCCGUCCGGGACACUCUAAACGACGCCGUCUCCGUCGCGUCGAGGUGCGAGGGAAGAGAUUUAUCGCAGGGGAAGCUCAAGACUCAGAGCGAGGUCGACUCCGUCGCUGCGAGGCUCGACCGCCACGCCAGAGACGCCGACGUCCUGAUCAAGAGCGGUGUUCUUCUCCAAGACUCGAAGCUGAAGCUCACUGUUCCGUCGUCGACGACGAAGAAGGAAGGUAUUCGAUCGGAGGCGAGCGAGCUCGUCGUACGGCUGCAGAUCGGCUCCGCCGAGUCUAAAACCUCCGCGAUCGACUCCCUCCUCGAGCUCAUCAACGGAGACGACAAGAACGUGAUGAUCGCCGUGGCGCAGGGAGUCGUCCCGGUCCUCGUCAGGCUGCUCGACACGUGUUUAAAGGAGAAGAGCGUUGCCGCGAUCUCGAGAAUCUCGGCCGUUGAGAGCAGCAGACACGUGUUGAUAGCCGAGGGGCUGUCUCUUCUGAACCACCUCCUCCGCGUGGUUGAAUCCGGGAGCGGUUACGCUAAAGAGAAGGCUUGCGUGGCUUUGCAGGCGCUUAGUUUCUCCAAGGAGAACGCUAGAGCGAUCGGUUGUAGAGGAGGGAUCUCGUCUCUCCUCGAGAUCUGCGGAGAAGGGAGUCCCGCCUCGCAAGGGUUCGCGGCGGGUGUGCUGAGGAACUUGGCUUUGUUUGGGGAGAAUAAAGAGAAUUUUUUGGAGGAAGGUGCGGUUUCGGUUCUCGUUACGUUGGGUUGUUCCGGUACGCCUCUUGCUAGAGAGAACGCUAUUGGUUGUUUGGCUAAUUUAACGUCUAGUGGGGAUGGUGAUGAGGAGGAGGAGAUGGUGGUGUUGGUUGUUAGAGAAGGAGGGAUUAAGAUGUUAAAGAGUUUCUUGGAUUCUUCUAACGCGAAGUCUCUCGAGGUGGGAGUUCUGCUUCUGAAGAAUCUUGCUACGUGUCCUGUCGUGAGAGAAGUUGUGGUUUCCGAAGGGUUUAUCUCUCGUUUGGUUCCGUUGCUGAGCUGCGGGGUUCUCGGUGUGAGAAUCGCGGCGGCGGAAGCUGUUGCUUCGCUAGGGUACACCACGAAAAGCAGGAAGGAGAUUGGUGUAAGCAUUGGUGGGUUGAUUGAGAUGUUAGAUGGUAAAGCUGUGGAAGAGAAAGAAGCAGCUUCGAAAGCUCUGUCGACGUUGUUGGUGUGCGCAAGCAACAGGAAGAUUUUCAAGAAGAGUGAACAGGGUAUACUAAGUCUUGUUCAGCUCUUGGACCCGAACAUUAAGAAGCUUGAUAAGAGAUACGCGGUCUCCGCGUUGGAACUGCUUGUGAGUUGUAAGAAAUGUAGGAAACGAGUCGUUGCUGCUGGUGCUUGCUUGCACUUGCAGACGCUUGUGGAGAUGGAUGUUGAAGGUGCUAAGAAAUUGGCAGAGAAUCUUGCCCGGAGUAAGAUUUGGGGCGUCUUUGCAAGGCCGUAAGAGACGACUAUCUGCAUUAACAUUUUGUAUGUAAGAAACAUUGGGAGAUUCUUGUCUUUUUUUUUCUUUCUCUAUAUGUUUUGUUUGAUGAUUUGGUUGUUCAUAAGGUUUGGUUGAUUGAAGUAGGGAGAGUUUAAUUGCUGAUUAGACGAAUAAUAAUAAUAUCUUUGUAGA